GCCGCCGGUCCGAACCGAGCCGAACCCGGGCUGUGAAGGCUGAGCCGGUCCUGAAGACGGCCAGUGGAGAUGGUUCCGACCCGCUGUCCGCGCUCCUGCUGCGGCUGGCGGCCGCUCUCAUCAACAUCUGCAGCGAUGUAGUCAGCCUCUUCAUCUGCGUCCUCCUCAUCCUCAGCGACCCGACCCACCUGAAGAUGAUCCUGCUGCGCCGGUUCCGAGUCCUCAUCCUCACCGUCUUCCUGGUGGCCUGCUCCAUGCACAUCAUGGUGGACCUGCUGCCCAAGCUGGAGCGCCAGGGCGCCGGCUGCUCCUGCUCGCACGGCCCGGCCCAGGCUCCGGAGCGCGGCUGGGCCGAACCGGGCUGGCCCGACAAGCACACGCUGCGGAUCCUGCAGGACUUCAGCAGCGAGCCCGGAUCCAACGCGUCCUCCCGAGCCCUGGACCGGCUCCCUUUGGACGGGGCGCCGGCCCCGGAGCCGCCGGGCCCGCGGGGCGACAGGAGCAGACUCUUCCUCCAGGGGCCGGCGGCGGCCCGGCUCGGUCCAGCCCGGGGUUCGAGGCUGGCGCUGCUGUUCGAGCAUCCCCUCUAUAGACGAUCUGUGCCGCCGCUGACGGAGGAAGACACGCUGUUCAACGUCAACACGGACAUCAGGUUCGACCCCAAAGCGGCGGAGGACCAGGCAUGGACCGGCGAGGGCGCCGACGACGAGCUGAGCCCGGCGGGCGAGCUGACGGCCGAGUCGUACCCCAACUGGCUGCGCUUCCACAUCGGGAUCAACCGCUACGAGCUUUACGGCCGGCACAGCCCGGUGGUGGAGGCGCUGCUCAGGGACCUGCUGACCCAGAGGAUCACCAGCGUGGCCAUGAAGUCUGGAGGAACGCAGCUGAAGCUCAUCAUGACCUUCCACAACUACGGCCAGGCGCUCUUCAAGCCCAUGAAACAGACCCGGGAGCAGGAAACCCCGCCUGACUUCUUCUACUUCUCUGACUUUGAGAGACACAACGCAGAGAUCGCAGCCUUUCACCUGGACAAGAUCCUGGACUUCCGCCGAGUCCCUCCAGUCGCCGGCCGGCUGCUCAACAUGACCAAAGAGAUCCGAGACGUAACCAGAGACAAGAAGCUGUGGAGAACCUUCUUCAUUUCCCCAGCCAACAACGUGUGUUUCUACGGUGAAUGCUCCUACUACUGCUCCACUGAACACGCUCUGUGUGGGAAACCGGACCGGAUCGAGGGAUCGCUGGCCGCCUUCCUGCCCGACCUGGCUCUGGCCAAGCGCAAGACCUGGAGGAACCCCUGGAGGCGCUCCUACCACAAGCGCAAGAAGGCAGAGUGGGAAGUGGACCCGGAUUACUGCGAGGAGGUGAAGCAGACGCCGCCGUACGACAGCGGCUCGCGGCUGCUGGACGUCAUGGACAUGACGGUCUUUGACUUCCUGAUGGGAAACAUGGACCGGCACCACUACGAGACGUUUGAGAAGUUCGGUAACGAGACUUUCAUCAUCCACCUGGACAACGGCAGAGGCUUUGGGAAACAUUCUCAUGAUGAGAUGUCCAUCCUGGUUCCUCUGCUGCAGUGCUGCAGGGUCAGGAAGUCCACCCACCUGCGUCUGCAGCUGCUGGCGAAGGAGGAGUACAAGCUGUCGGUUCUGAUGGCCGAGUCCAUGACGCGGGACCGGCUGGACCCGAUUCUUAUCCAGCCUCACCUGGACGCCAUGGACCGCCGCCUGCGCCUGGUCCUGAAGGCGCUGUCUGACUGCAUCGACAAGGAGGGCUACGGCUACGUGGUGGAGGACGACCUGCAGGGGGCGCCGGGGGCCCGCAGCGGCCCCAGGACGAGGUAGCCAGGGGCUGGGUCCGACCCGCUCCCAGGAGAACCGACUGUGCCGCGAUCUGAAGCCCAAACCGAGCCAGAACCACCGGGUUUCACCUGGACUCCUUCAAAUCAACAUGUAGCUUAGAACCAACCGGGUCAGACAUGGGUCGUAGCUUAGAACCGGGUCAAACCCAGAACAUGGGCUCUGGUUAUGGAGUCUGGUUCCAUUCAGAGAAUUCUGAGGGAAUCAAACUUCCAAACUCACUUCCUUAGUGUGAGCUGCAGACUUUUACCACAGAAGAAGAACUGGAGCUGCAGACUUUUACCACAGAAGAAGAACUGGAUCAAAAUGAGGUUAUUUUGUAAACUGUUUUUUUAACCUGAUUUCUGCUGAUUCUGCCGUGUCAGCGUCUUAUCAGAGGGUUCUGGUGGGAGUACUGGUUUACUCCUGGAUUAUCUUCUCUGUAAGUUUUUACUUGACAGCGUAUUUAUUAAAGUUUAUAUUUAUUGUUUGCCAAAAGAAAUCAGAGGAAGAGGAAGCGAAACGAUUUCCACCAGAACAGUGAACUUCUCUGUGUGCCCACCAGGGGGCAGCGGCAGCAUGUGCAGCAAUCCAAGCUGUUAGUUUCUCAUGGUUCUCUCUCCUCUCUUAACACUGAGUCUGUUUCCAGCAGCUGUUCAGGCCUCUUCCUGAGAUUUAAACCAAAUGUGACACUAAUUCCUCUGGUUGUUUUGGUUUUAAUGUCUUUGGUGUCUGAUGUGGGAGAUGAUUCUCCUUCCUGAGCAGCAGCUGAUCUGUUGUCUCUACUCGCCUCUGGCUGACGUUCAUAUAUUCAGUAGGAAACUCUAGUGCCUGUGCAAUGAUAGAAAUACUUGAAUGUGUGGUUUUGCUAGCUGCGGGUUCUUUGUGUGUCUGGUUCUGCGGCCGCUCGGCGUCAGCCUCAGCAGCGUGUGUGACUGAAUUCAUGCAGAACGUGAAAAAGCUUCUUUUGAUUUUCUUUCACUCUUUGUUUUUUAUUUCAUUUCUUAUUUCUUUGCAUCAUGGUAUCAGUGCAAUAA